CCCACCUCACGCUUUCAUGAGAGAACACUCAGCCUGACAACCACUGAAAAACUUUAUACCUCCCCUUCCCCCCACUCCAUCCUCCACCCCCCCAAUUCUCCUCUCUCUCCCAUCAGCAAUCAUGUCGGAUCUCAACUCGUGGGAAGAUGAUCCCGCUGCCCAAGAUGACAACCUCUCGCGGCAGACGCAACAGAUGAAUUUGAACAAUAAUCCGCGACCCGCUCAAGGAGGGGCAGGCGCCGCCGCUCCAGCUUUCCGACCAGGUGUAAACUCCUUCCAGCCAGGAGCGCAAUCUUUCCAGCCCGGACAGAGUUACCAACAGUAUGGAGGAGGUUACGACCAGAGCACAUACCAAAACCCUUACCAGCAGGGUGGUCAGGGCUACGGAUACCCUCAAUAUGGCGGGCAACAGGGUGGAUACCAGCAAUACCCUCAAGCCGGUGGCUACAAUGCGGGAUACAACCAGAACGCUGGGGCCUAUAAUCAGGGCUAUAGUGAGUUCUAUUCCUAGACUGGCGACAAUGUUGAGCACCAAUCUUGUGCCGCAAACAAUAUUCGCACAGUCAACAUCUCACCGCAUUCUCUACGCACAACUGACUCUCCCUCUCCAGACCAGCAGUAUGGCGGAUAUGCCCAACAAUCACAAGCAGCCCCAGCUGCACAAGCCGCUCCUCGACAGACACCAACGAUUGCGAAGCGACCAGCAGAAGGGUCAGCAGCAGCAGCGGAACUGAACAAGCCAGUCACCAUCAAGGCUGGAGGACCUAAAGUUCUGAGUAUCGGAGGUGACGCGCCAAAGCCAAAGGCGAAGGUUUUGUCAAUUGGCAAUCCAACUCCAGUCCCAGCGGCUGCCAAAAAAGAAAAGGAUGCGCCUUCAAGCGCCACAGCGGGGGCCAAGGUGACCGCAGCAAAGGCAAUUGAAAAAACACAAGCAAAGGGAGAGAAGAAAGACCCAGAAAGCGGAAAGACAUCGCCCGCUCCUUCGUCCGGGCGAUCGAGUCCAUCGGCUGGAGCCGUCAAAGCUGCAGCCCGUGAAGCAGAUGCGGUAGAGAAGGAACAGGCAGCAGAUGUGGAUGAGGAGACACUGAAGGAAAUCUAUGGCAAAGAACAUGUCAAUAUUAUUUUUAUCGGACAUGUCGAUGCUGGGAAAUCCACACUUGGAGGGUCCAUCCUAUAUGCGACAGGAAUGGUUGACGAGCGAACAAUGGAGAAGAACAAAAAAGAGGCCAAGGAGAUGGGCCGUGAGACUUGGUAUUUGUCGUGGGCACUGGAUCUCACCAAGGAGGAAAGAUCCAAAGGAAAAACUGUCGAGGUUGGACGAGCGUUCUUCGAGACCGAAAAACGAAGAUACAGUAUUUUGGAUGCGCCAGGGCACAAGACAUACGUACCUAGUAUGAUUGGUGGUGCUUCUCAGGCAGAUGUAGGAAUUUUGGUCAUCAGUGCUCGCAAGGGAGAAUACGAGACCGGAUUCGAAAAGGGAGGACAAACUCGAGAGCACGCCAUGUUGGCAAAGACCCAGGGUGUCAACAAACUAGUGGUAGUCAUCAAUAAGAUGGACGACCCAACAGUCGAGUGGUCCAAAGCCAGAUACACCGAAUGCUGCACAAAACUCGCUAAUUUCUUAAAACAAACUGGAUACAAUCUGAAGACUGAUGUGUUUUUCAUGCCAAUCGCAGCCCAACAGACCAUGGGAAUCAAAGACCGAAUACCAAAGGGCGUCGCACCAUUCUAUGACGGACCAUCACUUCUCGAAUACCUUGACAACAUGAAUACCUUGGAGAGAAAGGUUAACGCGCCAUUCAUGUUGCCCAUCAACGGCAAAUACCGAGACAUGGGUACGAUUGUUGAAGGCAAGAUUGAAGCUGGUGUUGUCAAGAAAUCUAUGGGUUUGGUUAUGAUGCCAAAUAAGGAAAAGGUCGAGGUCGCCGCUCUGUAUGGCGAGACGGAAGAUGAAAUCAACCUUGCGCAGUGUGGAGACCAAGUCAGACUUCGCUUGCGUGGUAUUGAAGAAGAGGAUAUUCUUCCAGGUUUCGUACUCUGUUCGCCUAAGCGACUUGUUCACAACGUUACAGCAUUUGAGGCUCAGAUUCGUGUUUUGGAGCUGAAGAGUAUUCUUUCCGCUGGUUUCAAUUGUGUCAUGCACGUUCACUCGGCUAUUGAAGAAGUCACAUUUGCCGCACUACUUCACAAACUUCAGAAGGGAACCAACCGAAAGAGUAAGGUACCUCCUUCUCACGCCAAGAAGGGAGAUAGUAUCAUUGCUCGGAUGGAGGUUAUUGGUGGUGCUGGCUCGGUGUGUGUGGAGAAAUUUGAAGAUUAUCCGCAAUUGGGACGAUUUACGCUCAGAGAUCAGGUAAGUAAAUCAUUCUCGUUUGAAUGAUAUCAGCUAAUGUUUUGAAGGGACAAACUAUUGCUAUUGGUAAGAUCACCAAACUCAUCACCGAGGAAUCGGCAGCUUAAGUAAGACAAUCUUUGGGGUGAUGUAAUAAGUUGACGAGGCUUUUUUAAAGCUGAAUGAGAAAUGAUUGAUUUUUACAUGAAAAUUCAUGUCCAUUUGGCAUAGGUUAGG